UCGGCGUGCGGCGGGCCCCGGCGGAGAGCCCCUGGAGCCCCGCACCGGGCGCGGCUGGGACCUCGGGCGCGGCCACUGGGGACCCGUAACCGAGAAUAAAUAUGGCAGAACUUUCCGAGACAGAAGGACCAGUAGAUUGGAAAGAACGAUGCGUAGCUCUGGAGUCCCAACUCAUGAAAUUUAGAGUUCAAGCAAGCAAGAUAAGAGAGCUCCUAGCAGAGAAGAUGCAACAGCUUGAGAGACAAGUUAUUGAUGCUGAACGUCAAGCAGAAAAAGCUUUUCAACAGGUACAAGUUAUGGAAGAGAAAUUAAAAGCAGCUAAUAUUCAAACCAGUGAAUCAGAGACAAGGUUAUAUAAAAAGUGUCAAGAUCUGGAGACCCUGAUACAGGAAAAAGAUGAUAUCAUACAAAACUUGGAACUGCAACUUGAAGAGCAGAAACAAAUAAGGAUACAAGAAGCUAAAAUUAUAGAAGAAAAAGCAGCUAAGAUCAAAGAAUGGGUAACACUUAAAUUAAAUGAGCUGGAAUUGGAGAAUCAGAAUCUUCGUUUGAUCAACCAAAACCAAACCGAAGAGAUAAGAACAAUACAGUCAAAACUACAAGAAGCUCAAGGGAAGAAGUCAUCCAGUGUUUCCACAGCAAAGCUUUCGGAAGGCCAGCGCCUAAGCAGUUUGACCUUCGGGUGCUUUUCAUCCCGAGCGAGGAGUCCUCCUCAAGUAGUAAAAUCUGAGGAAAUGAGCAAGAUACCAUCUAAAGAACCUGAGUUCACUGAAGGAAAAGACAUAGAAGAAAUGGAAAUUACAGAGAAGUCUGUCGAUAACCACAUUCAAGAAAACAGCCGAGGUCAGAGAACUUUGCGUCAAACCCCUUGUGGCUCAGAGCAGAAUCGGAAAUCAAGAACAAGCCUCACUACAGAGGGCGGCAUCUCCCAGAAUUCUGGGGCUCCCGGGAGUGACUGGAGUUCCGAUGAGGAAGACGGGAGCAAAGGAAGAUCCAAGUCCAGGUACACGUCCACCCUGUCCAGCCACACGUCAGAGGAAGGGGUCCAGUGUAGCAGGAUGGGCAGUGAAACCUAUCUGACAGCGUCCGAUGACAGCAGUUCUAUAUUUGAAGAAGAGACUUUCGGCAUAAAGAGACCAGAGCACAAGAAGCUGUAUUCUUGGCAGCAGGAAGCACAGUGGAAAGCUCAGAAUAGUCUUCUUGGGAAGGGAAAUCCUGAGUCCAGUAAAAAGGAGCACGAUAGUUCCUCAGAUGAACUGAAUAAAAAAUUUCAGUCUCAGAGGCUGGAUUAUUCAUCGUCAUCGAGUGAGGCCAACACCCCAAGCCCGAUUUUGACCCCAGCUUUGACUCCAAAGCAUCCUAACCUACUGCCUGGAAAAGGAACCCAGUUAGUGCCUUCAUCCAACCUGCCACCCCCCAAGUUAAGGAUUCCUAAUGUUUUCAGUAUAAGUGUAGCACUGGCCAAAAGGCACCUAAGCCAGCCGCAGUUAAGUUCCGAUAGGAUGUUUGGUACAAACAGAAAUGCCAUAAGCAUGAUCCGGCCACUGAGACCCCAGGAAACAGAUCUGGAUCUGGUGGAUGGCGACAGUACGGAAGUUUUGGAGAAUAUGGACACCAGUUGUGACGACGGAUUGUUCUCCUAUGACUCCCUGGAAUCCCCGUGUUCAGAUGACCAGGAAAGCUGUGACUCAGCAAAGAAGGCGGCGUGCAGCAAACCUCCGACUCCUCCCCUGCACCGUUUUCCCUCCUGGGAAAGCAGAAUUUAUGCGGUGGCCAAAUCAGGCAUUCGAAUGUCUGAGGCCUUCAAUAUGGAGAACGUUAAUAAAAAUUCUGUUGCAAUGCUUUCCUAUACCACAUCAGGACUUUAUACAUCUCUGAUAUACAAGAAUAUGACAACUCCAGUGUAUACAACAUUGAAGGGGAAGGCGACCCAGAUAAGCAGCAGCCCGUUCCUGGACGAGUCCUCUGGAUCAGAGGAAGAAGAGAGUUCCAGAUGCAGUUCCCGGACGUCAGAGUCCGACACCCGCAGCCGGAGUGGGCCAGGCAGCCCCAGAGCCAUGAAGCGAGGUGUGUCUCUGUCUUCUGUGGCUUCUGAAAGUGACUAUGCUAUCCCUCCAGAUGCUUACUCCACAGACACCGAGUGCUCACAGCCGGAGCAGAAGCUCCCUAAAACUUGCUCGUCUUCCAGUGAUAAUGGGAAAAACGAGCCACUGGAAAAAUCUGGCUAUUUAUUAAAAAUGAGUGGUAAAGUCAAGACUUGGAAGCGGAGAUGGUUUGUUCUGAAAGGUGGUGAAUUACUUUACUACAAAUCUCCGAGUGAUGUAAUUAGAAAACCCCACGGCCAUAUUGAACUUAGUGCAUCCUGCAGUAUUUUAAGAGGAGAUAACAAACAAACAGUCCAGUUGACCACUGAAAAGCACACAUACUAUCUGACUGCAGAUUCUCCCAAUAUAUUGGAGGAAUGGAUUAAGGUGUUACAGAAUGUUCUUCGAGUACAAGCUGCCAACCCGCUUUCCCUGCAGCCUGAGGGCAAACCAACGGUGAAGGGCCUGCUCACGAAGGUGAAGCAUGGCUACUCCAAGAGAGUCUGGUGUACACUAGUAGGAAAAACGUUAUAUUAUUUUCGCAGUCAAGAAGAUAAGUUGCCUUUAGGUCAGAUCAAACUCUGGGAGGCUAAAGUUGAAGAGGUUGACAGAUCCUGUGAUUCAGAUGAAGAUUAUGAAGCCAGUGGGCGAAGUCUGUUAUCCACACAUUACACCAUCGUGAUCCACCCCAAGGACCAAGGUCCCACUUACCUCCUGAUUGGGUCCAAGCAUGAAAAGGACACUUGGCUUUAUCACCUGACCGUUGCAGCUGGAAGUAACACUGUAAAUGUUGGAUCUGAAUUUGAACAACUCGUUUGUAAAUUGCUAAAUAUUGAAGGGGAACCUUCCUCUCAGAUAUGGAGACAUCCUACUUUGUGUCACAGCAAGGAAGGAAUUGUUUCCCCUCUGACAACACUGCCUUCUGAAGCUCUACAGACAGAGGCUAUUAAAUUAUUUAAGACCUGCCAGCUUUUUAUCAAUGCCGCAGUUGACUCCCCUGCAAUUGAUUACCACGUAUCGCUAGCCCAGAGUGCUUUGCAGAUCUGCCUGACACAUCCUGAGCUACAGAAUGAAAUUUGCUGUCAGCUCAUUAAACAGACAAGACGGAGACAGCCACAGAGCCAACCAGGACCAUUGCAGGCCUGGCAGCUCUUGGCGCUCUGUGUUGGGCUCUUCCUUCCCCAUCAUCCUUUCCUGUGGCUUCUCAGGCUCCACCUUAAGAGGAAUGCAGAUUCCAGGACAGAAUUUGGAAAAUAUGCCAUUUACUGCCAGCGAUGUGUAGAAAGAACACAACAAAAUGGAGAUCGGGAAGCCAGACCCUCAAGAAUGGAAAUCCUUUCGACCCUUCUUCGAAAUCCUUAUCAUCACUCUUUGCCCUUCAGUAUCCCUGUGCACUUCAUGAAUGGCAUCUAUCAGGUCGUUGGAUUUGAUGCGUCCACCACAGUGGAAGAAUUUCUGAACACUUUGAACCAGGAUACGGGAAUGAGGAAGCCAGCCCAGUCUGGAUUUGCCCUGUUCACCGAUGAUCCUUCUGGCAGGGAUUUAGAGCAUUGUCUUCAAGGAAACAUCAAGAUUUGUGACAUUAUUUCUAAGUGGGAACAGGCUUCCAAAGAACAGCAGCCUGGGAAAUGGGAAGGUACGAGAACUGUUCGUCUAACUUAUAAAAACAGACUGUAUUUCUCCAUGCAAGCUCGUGGAGAGACUGAUAGAGAGAAGUUGCUGUUAAUGUAUCAGACAAACGACCAAAUAAUAAACGGACUUUUCCCUCUGAACAAGGACCUGGCAUUGGAAAUGGCGGCUCUGUUAGCUCAGGUGGAGAUUGGAGAUUUUGAAAGACCUUUUUCAACCCCAGCAGGCCAUGUUACUAAUCAGUGCAAAGCAAACCAAACCCUAAAACAAGUCAUAGAGAAAUUUUACCCUAAAAGGUAUAGAGAUGACGCCUCUGAAGAGCAGGUAAGGCAGCUUUGCCAGCGACUAUCAACCAGAUGGAUGGCCCUCCGGGGACACAGUGCUGCUGAUUGUGUGCGAAUUUAUUUGACAGUAGCCAGGAAGUGGCCAUUCUUUGGUGCCAAGUUGUUUCUUGCAAAACCCAUAACUCCAUCAUCACUUGGAAAUACUUUCCUGUGGCUGGCUAUACAUGAGGAUGGUUUAAGCAUCUUAGAAUACAGCUCCAUGAGGUUAAUAGUCAGCUAUGUGUACAAGAGUCUAAUGACAUUUGGAGGAUAUCAAGAUGACUUUAUGAUGGUCAUUAGCAAUACGCAUUCAAAGGACAAACCAACAGAGAAAUUACUUUUUGCCAUGGCAAAACCCAAGAUUCUUGAAAUCACGCUUUUGAUCGCCAGUUACAUAAACAACUUCCAUCAGCAAAAGGCUGCGUUUCACCACCUCUCUGCUCCAGCGCUGCUCUCAGCCCGGAACCAGGGACCCCACGCCAGGACGAUGGGAAGCCAGCCCCUGCUCUCAAGCAGCAGACCAACCAAAGGCCCCACUUUACUCUGAAAGUGUGGGGGGCCUGAACAUCACUCCCUGUCCUCUAAGCAGUGGCUGCAUCCGCUCCAAAUAAGUUUAUUUACAUCCUGGCAACAUGGCACCCACAUACUCGUAUUCCAGAUUUUAAAAAUAAUGGAGGUUAUUUGUUUUAUUUUAUUCAUAAAUAUUCAAACGAAUACUAAUAACACAUAACACACAAAACUUGCACACAUACUGAUGUUCUCCUGGAUUAAAUGGGUUAGAAUUUGUAAUUUUUUUCUGUCUCCCUUCUCCCUUGCUAUCAGACACAUCAUGCAAUAUGGUUUUUUUAUUUUUUCUUCUUCUUUUAAAAAACAUUCUGGCAAUCUUUAGAAAGGGAGAUUCCAAACUCUCACUUGGCAAACGAGUUGAAUAUUUGGAAAUACUGCCAAAAAGCUAAGUACUGUAAUUAAAUGUAUUUUAAUUAAUGUGUUUGGAAAGAAGUGGAGUGCAGAGUGUAAGAAACAGCUGCAGGAUGGUGUUUAUGUAUAAAUUUUUAGAGCAAGUUCAGUAAAUCUUCUGGCCCGAUGAAUCAUUGUGUGAGAAAACAGGAGUUAGGUAACCAGAACUUUCUAUGUAAUAUUAGGAAGCAUACACCGUCAGCUUUCAGAUCACUAGAGUGUAAAAUUUAAAACGAGACAGUGAUUCCUGACAUUCCUUGGUUGUCAACAGAGCCUGCGUUUACUGGAAUAUUGCCCACAUUUCAUUGCAUUUGAUGCUGGGCCAUCUUGACCUUGGUUUGUUAAAUAAUAUCGUUGAAAACAAAGACAGUUCUUAAAUUUUUGCCUCAUACAGUCCUUUUUCAUGGUAGUUUGAAAAUAAAUUCCCAAAAAAUCCUAUAUAAUAAAAGUCUAAUAUGCAAAUCAAAGAGUGGAACAACCGGUGGAAUGACCGGUCACUAUUACG